AUGAGGUCUCUUCUCAUUGCCUUUUUAGCUAAAAAUAAGUUGGGCUUCAUUGAUGGGAGUUGCUCUGCUCCUGCUUCUGAUUCUACCUCUUUCAGCUUGUGGACUCGGUGUAAUGAUAUGGUAACCUCUUGGUUACUCAUCUCCCUUUCAAAGGAAAUUGCUGCUAGUGUUCGUUACUCCAAAUCUGCUCAAGCUCUUUGGACAGAUAUUAAGGAUAGGUUUGGCCAAUCCAAUGGGGCUAAACUCUAUCACCUACAAAAGGAAAUAAGUGACUUAAUGAAAGGAUCAGGUGAUAUUGCUGGCUAUUUCACUAUAUUGAAGCUAUUAUGGGAUGAACUUGAUGCUAUUUACACUACUCUUACAUGUUCGUGUGCCUGCACCUGUGGUGGCAAGGUGAAAUUGGUUAAGUCUCUUCAAGAUGAAAGGCUGAUUCAAUUUCUCAUGGCCUUGAAUGAUACAUAUUCUCCUGUUAGGAGCAACAUCCUGAUGAUGUCCCCUCUCCCAACAUCAACAUUGCCUAUUUUCUGUCGGUUCAAGAUGAGAGGCAGAGGGAAGUGUAUGUGA